AUGGCCCCGAGCCGACUGUCGCCCAGCUGGACCCUGCUGCUUACCCUAGCGAUACUAUUUGGGUGCUUUGUCGUACCUGGAGUCACCGUGAAACAUGAGAAUUUCAAGAAAUGCUCCCAAUCGGGGUUCUGUAAACGCAACAGAGCGUUUGCCGACGAUAUCUCCGCCAAGGGCUCAUCCUGGAGCUCCCCCUACGAACUCGACCCUUCGGGCAUCCAAUUCAAGGACGGCCAAUUGCAUGGAACGAUUUUAAAGACCAUAUCUCCCGCCGAGAAAGUCAGGUUGCCACUGGUUAUCUCUUUCCUCGAAUCCGGAGUCGCACGAGUCGUCGUUGAUGAAGAAAAGCGCAUGAGUGGGGACAUUGAAAUCCGCCAUGGAAGUUCCGCACGUAAAGAACGAUAUAAUGAUGCCCAGUCUUGGACCUUGGUUGGAGGACUAGAAGUCAGCAAGUCUGCGACCUUGAGCCCCGAAGUUCAGGAUGGGAUAACCAAGGUCUUGUAUGGACCUGAUAAUACGUACCAGGCUGCGAUCCAUCAUUCUCCUUUCUCUGUGGACUUCCAGAGGGAUGGACAGACGCAUGUUCAGUUUAACCACAAGGGUUAUUUGAAUGUGGAACACUGGCGGAAAAAGGUGGAGGCACCCGCUGAAGGCGAACAGGAUGUUCUUGGUUCCCAGGAGGACGAGGGCACUUGGUGGGAAGAGACUUUCGGUGGCAACACAGACUCAAAGCCCAGAGGCCCAGAGAGUGUGGGACUAGACAUCAGCUUCCCUGGUUACAAACAUGUGUUUGGUAUUCCUGAACACGCAGACUCCCUAUCCUUGAGGGAAACUCGAGGAGGUUCUGGUAACCACGAUGAGCCUUACCGCUUGUAUAAUUCCGACGUGUUCGAAUAUGAACUAAACAGCCCCAUGACUUUGUACGGUGCAAUCCCGCUAAUGCAAGCCCACCGCAAGGACUCGACCGUUGGGGUUUUCUGGCUCAACGCUGCCGAGACCUGGAUCGACAUUGUGAAGUCAAAAACCGAUACCCAAAGUCAUUGGUUCUCCGAAGCCGGGCAGCUUGAUGUAUUCGUUUUUUUGGGACCUUCGCCUAGCGAGAUCAGCAAGAAAUAUGGCGAACUCACCGGCUACACUCAACUCCCUCAACAAUUUGCUAUCGCCUACCACCAAUGCCGCUGGAACUAUGUGACUGACGAGGAUGUCAAGGAGGUUGACCGAAACUUCGACAAGUACCAGAUCCCGUAUGAUAUUAUUUGGCUCGAUAUUGAAUAUCUCGACGACCGAAAGUAUUUCACUUGGGAUCCUCUAACCUUCCCCGACCCCAUCAGCAUGGAGAAACAGCUUGAUGAGUCGGAGCGCAAACUUGUAGUGAUCAUUGACCCGCAUAUCAAGAACCAAGACAAGUUUGACAUUUCCAAGGAAAUGAAGAGCAAAGGUCUGGCCACACUGGACAAGGACAGUAAGGUCUAUGAGGGUUGGUGCUGGCCAGGCUCGUCUAACUGGGUCGACUGUUUCAACCCCGCGGCAAUAAAAUGGUGGAUCGGCCUCUUCAAGUACGACAAAUUCAAGGGAACCCUUCCAAAUGUGUUCAUCUGGAACGAUAUGAAUGAGCCUUCUGUUUUCAACGGCCCGGAAACCACAAUGCCCAAGGAUAACCUGCACUUCGGUAACUGGGAGCACCGUGAUAUCCACAAUGUCAAUGGUAUCACCUUCGUCAAUGCUACAUACCAGGCUAUGGUGGAGCGCAAGAAGGGUGAAGUCCGUCGACCAUUUAUCCUAACCCGAUCAUUUUACGCCGGUGCACAGCGCAUGUCUGCUAUGUGGACCGGAGACAACCAAGCUACCUGGGAGCACUUGGCAAUCUCAUUGCCGAUGGUGCUCAAUAACGGGAUUUCCGGUUUCCCAUUUGCUGGUGCAGAUGUUGGCGGCUUUUUCCACAACCCGAGCAAGGAGCUCUUGACCCGGUGGUAUCAGACAGGUAUCUGGUAUCCGUUCUUCCGCGCUCAUGCUCAUAUUGAUACUCGCCGUCGUGAGCCGUACUUGAUCCAAGAGCCAUUCCGCUCGAUCAUUACGCAAGCCAUCCGGUUAAGGUACCAGCUUCUACCUGCCUGGUACACUGCCUUCCAUGAAGCUUCGGUGAAUGGAACUCCAAUCGUGAGACCGCAGUUUUACGAGCAUCCGUCAGAUGAGGCAGGCUUCACAAUUGACGACCAACUCUACCUCGGCUCCACUGGUAUCCUUGCAAAGCCGGUCGUCUCUGAGGAUGCCACAACUGCCGAUAUUUACAUUUCCGAUGAUGAGAAGUAUUAUGACUACUUCGACUACACUGUAUACCAGGGCGCAGGAAAGUCUCACUCGAUCCCGGCUCCCAUUGAAAAGGUGCCAGUGUUGAUGCAGGGAGGACAUGUUAUCCCCCGUAAAGACCGACCACGCCGCAGCAGCGGGCUCAUGAAGUACGACCCAUACACGCUCGUGGUGGUUCUCGACAAAAACGGACAGGCGGGUGGCACCCUGUAUGUCGACGACGGUGAAACUUUCGACUACCAACGCGGGGGAUAUGUCCACCGCCGCUUCCGCUUCCAAGAUUCCUCCCUUGUGUCGGAAGAUAUUUCUACUCACGGCCCCCAAACUGCUGCGUAUCUCAAGAGCAUCGCUAGCGUCGGGGUUGAAAGAAUAGUGGUGAUUGACCCGCCGAAGGAGUGGCAGGGAAAGAACACGGUGACUGUCAUUGAGGAUGGGGCAAAAGCAUCAGCGACAGCUGCUCUGGAGUACCAUACCCAAGGAGACGGCAAAGCUCCGUAUGCAGUAGUGAAGAGCCCCAAUGUGGGGAUUGGGAAGACUUGGCGGAUUGAGUUUUGA